AUGUCGAACUACGUCAACUAUCAACGACAGCCCAUGACGAAAGAAAACGAGUGGAUACUCAAAGACGUACUGAAAAGCCGAAAAUUCUUGAAGGAACAUCCCGAACUGUACGUAACGAAAGCGGAUAAAGGGAAUAAGACGGUCGUGUUGGCAGCCUCGGAGUAUCGUGAAAAGAUGGCGGAAAUGUUCUUAGCGAACAUCUUGGGUAGUAUAGUGGGGAAAACACAAUAUCACGUCAAAAACAGUUUCGAAUUUGCGGAAGAAAUCUCGACCGUAGUGAUUCCAGAAGGCAGUAUCAUCUACUCCUUGGAUGUAGUAUCACUUUACACCAACGUUCCAGUUGAGAAAGUAUACGAACUCGUAGAAGAAAAGUGGGAACAACUACAAGAAUGCACCACUAUCCCUUGGGAAAGUUUCAAACAUGCAAUGAAGACGGUUCUUGAGGCAUCUUUCUUCCAAUACGAAGGAAAAUUCUACAGCCAAACAGCGGGGGUGCCCAUGGGAUCCCCCCUUUCACCGGUUGUAGCCAACAUCAUCAUGGAAAAGGUGGAACAGGAGGCCAUAACAAAGCUGGAGGAGAACAACAUCACCAUCUCAUACUACAGAAGGUACGUCGACGAUUGCUUCGUAGUCGGCAGAAGAGAGGAAGUGGAGAAGGUGGUGGAACAGUUCAACGCAGUGGAUGAGAAACUGAAUUUCACCGUGGAGCAAGAAACGAACGAGUCACUCCGGUUUCUGGAUCUCACGCUCUCGAGAGAGGGUGAGCGAAUUAGAAAAAUUUGGUUUCCAAAAAAACGUGACGGCAGAUACCUGGACUACAACUCAGAGAGCCCGCACACGCACAAAAUGAACACUAUGAUCGCGCUUAUUGACCGAGCACUGAAGCUAACAGAUGUCGAACGAAGGGAGGAAAGCAUUCGAAUGGUCAAACACAUUCUCCGCAAUAAUAACUAUCCAGAGAACCUCAUCCAACGCACGAUAAAGCGUCGGGUUCAUCUCAUAUACAACACUCUUGAUAACGAACGCGAGAAUGGGGAACAAAAAAGUUCAACGGAGUGA